AAAUUGAGCAUCUGGAUCUUUUCUGGAGUGGAAAAAUCAAAAAGGAAGAAGAAUGAAGAGUGUGAAAGGAAAGCUCUUGAAGAAGCUUAAAUCAAUCAAACCAGUUGGUUACCUAAAGCCAGAUCGUGUUCUUCAAGUGUUAGCAAUAGAUGGGUUUAUGGAUUCUUUCCCAAAAUCAUCGAUUCCCGAUGAACAACCCAAGUUGUUCACCAAACCAUCAGUAUCAGAGCAAGAAAACAUCAAACAGAGCUCUGCAAGUGCUGUCGAGAAUCAGCCUGAAGUCAUUGAUGUAACGGAGCUGAUGAAAGAUCUUGAAACCGACGACGAUGAUGAAGAAGAAGAAGCAGCAGAAAUGGAUUUGAAUGAAGAGGUUGACGAUAAAGAGAAUAUUACGCCACAUGCUGAGAAAGAGAAUGCGAAUGUGAAUUGUAGGCAGAGUACUCCCGCCCCGUUAUCGGAGAUCGACGUGUCGUGUUUUCGGAAGCCGGAUUUGAAUUCUUGUACCCUCUUCGACCCUAACCUACUGGCUGCAUUUGAACAAGCCGUAAAGGAGCAUAUGAAGAUGAAUGAAGAAGAGAGGAGAGCAAGAAUAGAGGAGGAGAAUGUACUCGAGAAGAAGACAAUAACCCUGGAAGACAACGAUGAAAGCAGUAGAAAAGAAGCGGAGAAAAAGGCAAGAAUCGAUGACGAUGAUGCAGAUGCCGAUCCUCUAUUACGAUUCGAAGAGAAGUGUCCGCCCGGAAGCGACGGUUCCGUCAUCCUGUACACGACAACUCUGAAAGGAAUACGAAAGACCUUCGAGGACUGCAACAGCUUGCGGUUCCUGCUGGAGAGUUUCAGAGUGAUAUUCUACGAAAGAGACGUAUCGAUGCACGAGGAAUACAGGGAGGAAUUAUGGAGGGUUUUGGGCGGAAAGGUGAUGCCUCCGAGGUUGUUCAUUAAAGGUAGAUACAUCGGCGGAGCCGACCAAGUUCUUACGUUGCAUGAGCAAGGCAAGUUUAAGGUGCUCUUCAAUGGCAUACCUUUGGAUACUCGUAACGGCUCUUGUGAAGGAUGUGGUGGUGUUCGGUUUCUGCUUUGUUUCGCCUGCAAUGGCAGUCAUAAGAUCAUUUCCGAUGAUGGUUUGUCCUGUAAAUGCACGCAGUGCAAUGAGAAUGGUCUGAUUGUUUGCCCUCUUUGCUGCUGAAUUU